UCAAGCAGUAAAAUGGCAGAAGCCAGAGUUUUUCAGGAUGAGUUCUUGUGUCCAGUGUGUAAGGAUCUCCUGAAGGAUCCAGUGACCAUCCAGUGUGGACACAGUUACUGUAAGAGCUGUAUUACAGGCUGCUGGGAUCAGGAGGAUCCGAUGAGAGUCUACAGCUGCCCUCAGUGCAGACGGACCUUCAGUCCAAGACCUGCUCUAGCUGCAAACACCAUGCUGGCUGAAGUGGUGGAGAAACUGAAGAAGAGGAAACGUCCUGCUGACUGUUUAGCUGAAGCUGGAGAUGUGCAGUGUGAUGUCUGUACUGGAACAAAAUAUAAAGCCGUCAAGUCCUGUCUGAUGUGUCUGAACUCUUACUGUCAGAAUCAUCUUGAACAACAUGAGAGUUGGUUUAAAGGAAAGAGACACAAUUUGACUGAUGUCACUGGACGACUGCAGGAGAUGAUCUGCCAGAAACAUGAGAAGAUCCUGGAGGUUUUCUGUCGCACUGACCAGAAAUGUAUAUGUGUGCUGUGUACGAUGGAUGAACAUAAAAACCAUGAUACUACAUCAGCCGCAGCACAGAGGACAGAGAAACAGAAGCAGCUGAAGGAGACCCAGAAGACGUUCCAGCAGAGAAUCCAGCAGAGAGAAAAAGAUCUUCAGCAGCCAAGAGAGGCUGUGGGGUCUGAUAAGUGCUCUGCACAGACAGCAGUGGAGGACAGUGAGAGGAUCUUUACCGAGCUCAUCCGCUCCAUUGAGAAAAGCUGGUCUGAGCUGAUACGGCUGAUAAGAGAUCAGAAAAAGGCUGCAGUGAGUCAAGCUGAAGGACAACUGGAGCGACUGGAGCAGGAGAUCAAUGAUCUGAGGAGAAGAGAGGCUGAGUUGGAGCAGCUUUCACACACACAGGAUCACAUCCAGUUCCUGCAGAUUUUCCAGUCUCUCUCAGCACCUCCUGAAGCUACAGAAGUAAAUGACGGUCACUCCAUUUCUCUCUUCUCUUCUGAUGGCCUGAGAGAAUCUGUCCUUCAACUGAGAGACAAACUGGAGGAUUACUGCAAAGUGGAGUUUAAGAAGAUCUCAGACAGAGUCAUAUCCACCAACGUUGUUCCCAGGACCAGGAACGACUUCCUAAAAUAUUCCCAUCAGCUCACUCCGGAUCUGAACACAGUGAAUAAAUACCUCCGUCUGUCUGAGAGCAACAGAGUGAUUGCUUACAAUAACAAAGACCAGUCAUAUCCUGAUCAUCCAGACAGAUUUGAUGUGUAUCGUCAGGUGUUGUGUAGAGAGAGUGUGCGUGGACGCUGUUACUGGGAGCUGGAGUGGAGUGGAAGUGAUGGUGUGCGAAUAUCAGUGUCAUAUAAGAGCAUCAGCAGGAAGGGACGGGAUAAAGAGUGUAGGUUUGGAUGUAAUGAUCAGUCCUGGAGUUUGUUGUGCAUUCCUUCUAGAUAUUCAUUCUGCCACAAUAAGACACGGUCUAUUCUCCCUGUAAAGUCCAUCAGCAAUAGUAUAGGUGUGUUUGUGGAUCCCAGUGCAGGAACUCUGUCCUUCUACAGUGUUUCUGAUACAGUGAGCCUCAUCCACACAGUCCAGACCACAUUCACUCAGCCGCUCUAUCCUGGGUUUGGAUUAGGAUCUGGAUCAUCAGUGAAACUGACAAACAUUGUUGAUGAAUCAGAAUUUGAGCUGUCGUUUGCUGUCUCUGUAAAAAGCGGUAAAAUGGCAGAAGAAGGAGUUUUUCAGGAUGAUUUCUUGUGUCCAGUGUGUAAGGAUCUCCUGAAGGAUCCAGUGACCAUCCAGUGUGGACACAGUUACUGUAAGAGCUGUUUUACAGGCUGCUGGGAUCAGGAGGAUCCGAUGAGAGUCUACAGCUGCCCUCACUGCAAACAGACCUUCAGUCCAAGACCUGCUCUAGCUACAAACAGCAUGCUGACUGAAGUGGUGGAGAAACUGAGGAAAAGGAAACGUCCUGCUGACUGUUUAGAUGAAGCUGGAGCUGGAGAUGUGCAGUGUGAUGUCUGUACUGGAACUAAAUAUAAAGCCGUCAAGUCCUGUCUGAUGUGUCUGAAUUCUUACUGUCAGAAUCACCUUGAAGAACAUGAGAGUUGGUUUAAAGGAAAGAGACACAAUUUGACUGAUGCCACUGGACGACUGCAGGAGAUGAUCUGCCAGAAACAUGAGAAGAUCCUUGAGGUUUUCUGUCGCACUGACCAGAAAUUUAUAUGUGUGCUGUGUACAAUGGAUGAACAUAAAAACCAUGAUACUGUAUCAGCUGCAGCACAGAGGACAGAGAAACAGCACCAGCUAAAAGAGAUGCAGAAGACGUUCGAGCAGAGAAUCCAGCAGAAAGAUAAAGACCUUCAGCAGCUAAGAGAAUCUGUGGAGUCUCAGAAGCGCUCUGCACAGACAGCAGUGGAGGACAGUGAGAGGAUCUUUACUGAGCUCAUCCACUCAGCCAUUGAGAAAAGCUGGUCUGAGCUGAUACGGCUGAUCAGAGAUCAGGAAAAGGCUGCAGUGAGUCGAGCUGAAGGACGACUGGAGCAACUGGAGCGACUGGAGCAGGAGAUCAGUGAUCUGAGGAGGAGAGACACUGAGCUGGAGCAGCUUUCACACACACAGGAUCACAUCCAGUUUCUGCAGAUUUUCCAGUCUCUCUCAGCACCUCCUGAAACUACAGAAGUAAAGGAUGACCCCUUCAUUUCUCACUUCUCUUCUGAUUACCUGAGAGAAUCUGUACUUCAGCUGAUAGACAAACUGGAGGAUUUUUGCAAAAAGGAGCUCAAGAAGAUCUCAGACAGAGUCACAUCCACCAACGUUGUUCCCAGGACCAAGAGCGACUUCUUACGAUAUUUCCAUCAGCUCACUGUGGAUCCAAACACAGCACAUAUUUACCUCCGUCUGUCUGAGAGCAACAGAAUGAUUACUACCGCUAGAACAGUCCAGCCGUAUCCUGAUCGUCCAGACAGAUUUAAUUAUCGGUCUCAGGUGUUGUGUAGAGAGAGUGUGCAUGGACGUUGUUACUGGGAGCUGAAGUGGAGUGGAAAUAAUGGUGUGCGAAUAUCAGUGUCAUAUAAGAGCAUCGGCAGGAAGGGAGGGGGUAAAGAGUGUAGGUUUGGAUAUAAUGAUCAGUCCUGGAGUUUGUUUUGCACUCCCUACAGUUGCUCAUUCAUACACAAUAACAUACGGACUGCUCUCCCUGUAAAGUCCAUCAGUAGGAGAAUAGGAGUGUAUGUGGAUCACAGUGCAGGAACUCUGUCCUUCUACAGAAUCUCUAAAACAAUGAGCCUCAUCCACACAGUGAAGACCUCAUUCACUCAACCGCUCUAUCCUGGGUUUACUGUUCAUAGACGAUCAUCAGUGAAACUGACAAACUGUAUUGAUGAAUUAGAAUAGAUUGA